UUGAGUGUCCACCAAUGCCCUCCAAACAUAUCAUGCUUCCCUUCUCUACUCGGUCAGUACACAUUAAUUCACACAGCUUUUCUGCAAGAAAAUAUCUGCCACUGUAGCCCUCCAAAUCCUACUCUAAAUUCUGGCUUUCAAUUCUGUCUCCCACUCUCCCUCUCUCUCUUCCCCACAUUACUCAGCUUCCCUCCGUUUUCUUUCAACAAAUCAAGAAAAUCUCCUGCAGAAAACAGUACAAAGUAAGAAAGAACGAAUCAGAGGAGUUGUUUAUUCUUUCUCUUGUACUGUUUGUCUUGCAUGGCAUCAGACGCUAAUAAUGCUUCAACAACCAAUGCCAAUUCCUCGACUUCAUCACCACAUCCCACACCCACCACCACCUCGUCAGGGUGCCACAGCCACCAACAUUGUCGCCACAAGGCUGCUCAUUUCCACCGCCGGCGAGGAAAGAGUGCUACUGUCUCCUUGGCCGGAGUAUUCCGCCGGAGAAGCCUCCUCUUGCGAUGCCUACUGGUGCUGCCACUCACUCUCUACUUUUCGGGUGUGAUCACAUUUACAGUGGGCCCCUUGCUUGCUAUUCUACGCCCGGCCCCACCACCUGGCUCGGUCUACCGCAGUCAUGAGGUGUUUGAGAAGCUUUGGCCCGACAUUCACUCCGAUAAUUCUUCUUCCAUUGAGUUGUCUUCUAUUUGGAGAUACAGAAGGAAAUUGGGAGAGCAGAAAUCCUGUCCAAAUGGAACUGCUCGCCAAGGAACUGAAUCUCCAACACUUGACCGGUAUUUGAUUAUUGAGGCUAAUGGUGGUCUUAAUCAGCAGCGAUCAUCGAUAUGCAGUGCAGUGGCCUUGGCUGGGCUUUUGGGAGCAACUCUAGUUAUUCCACGCCUCGAAUUUCAUAGUGUUUGGCAAGAUUCAAGUGAAUUUGCAGAUAUUUAUGAUGAAGAACAUUUCAUAUUUACCCUGAAAGAUUUUGUAACAGUAGUCCGGGAGCUACCUGAAGAAAUAAUGAAAACAUAUGAUUUUAACAUCAGCAGUAUACCAAAUAUUCGUGUCCAAGCUUGGGCUCCUGCCAGUUACUACUUAGGAGAAGUUUACCCAGUCUUGCUCAACCAGAGGGUUGUCCGCAUAUCUCCAUUUGCAAACAGGCUGUCAAUGAAUGUUCCACCUCAUAUUCAGUUUUUAAGAUGUUUGACCAAUUAUAAAGCUCUCAGAUUCUCUUCUGCCAUAUCGAAUCUUGCACAAAAAUUAGUCAAUAGAGUGACAGAGAAAAGCUCUUCCUAUGGUGGGAAGUAUGUUUCAAUUCAUCUCCGCUUUGAGGAGGACAUGGUGGCCUUCUCUUGUUGUUUAUAUGAUGGUGGAAAGUCUGAAAAAUUUGAUAUGGAUGCAAUACGAGAGAAGGGGUGGGGUAAGAAAUUCAAGAGCAGCGAUCAUGUGAUUUCACCUGGUCUUAAUCGCAUGAAUGGAAGGUGUCCUAUGACUCCUUUGGAGGUUGGGAUGAUGCUUAGAGGUAUGGGAUUUGCCAAUGACACGCCUAUUUAUUUGGCUUCAGGAAAAAUUUACCAGGCGGAUAGAAAUUUAAUGCCUCUUCGCAAGAUGUUCCCCCUAUUACAGACGAAGAACUUGCUUGCAACAGAAGACGAGCUUGCUGAGUUUCAGGGAUACUCUUCAAGGUUAGCUGCAUUGGACUAUGCUGUAUGCUUGUUUAGUGAAGUAUUUGUCAGCACUCAAGGUGGAAACUUCCCGCAUUUUCUGAUGGGUCAUAGGAGGUUCCUCUAUAAUGGCCAUGCUAAGACCAUCAAACCCAAUAAGCCCAAGCUUGCGCUUUUACUGCACAACACAAGCAUAAGAGGUACUCGCUCCCAAAUGAUGCUAAGAUUCUUGAAUUGAUGUGAGUGAAUGUCCCUCACACAUAUACUCAGCAGAAAUGCUUUCUGGAUGCUGGGCAAUUCUGGGGCAUCCUACUGUGCUAUUCCCUAUUAAAAGCAUUUUUUAAAAUUCAGAAUCAUUCCAAUCGCGAACUCCAAAUCGUUUUGACCUUAUUUACUGCCGAUAGCAGAAAUCACUGCAAUCUAGGUGUCAGGAUUCAACUCAACCAAUCAGCAUCUACAUUUUAGAUUAAUCAGCAAGUGUUGUAUAAUUACUGGACUGAUCAUCCAACAACAACACCAAACAUUACUGAACCCCAAAGUCAAAAUGUGGUUUGACAUAUUAUUCACUCCCUAAAAGAACUGUAUCUUUAGGUGAUCUGGUGAAGUUUGUUUUGUUGGACAAGUUGUAGAAUUCAAUUUUUUAACAUUAUCAGUUCAGGUUUUUGAUCCAUAUAGCAGCAUCCAUACGCAGAAAGAACCAUGAUUUCAUAAUUAAAAAAAUAAAUAAAUUCUCUUCCAAAUGUUCUGAUUUAGGCAAUGCCAUUGAUCCUAGUGUGUACUUUAUGAUGUUAAUGAUAAUGGAGGUGGUUGUUGACUCCUUAGUACGUAUUGAGGAAAGCAAAGAGGUUGCUGCAUGUAAGUGCAAUCAUGUGCUGGAAGAACUUUCAAUAUGGUGGGGGAGCAGUUUGGCUCUGAAGCCUUUAUUUUUGCUUGCUUUUGUUUCAUGCUGAGUCAAUAAUUAUAUCCUAGAAAACAGCUGCUAAAAGGGACAUUAGUGUGCUUGUUCAGACCAUCAUCAGUUAGACAUAAUAGCCUCGUCAAUUGAGGAACUAUAAGAAAGUCAUGCAGGAAAAGCAAAAUGUAGCAAAGAAGUGGUUUUUCAUUUUAAUCCCUUUAUUUUUUCAGAUAGAUAUGGAAGCAAAUAUAUUCAUUUGCUGUCCUUGCAUUGAUUACGAAGCUUGUGGUGACACCAUGAGGUUGGUGCUGCAAAAAAUUCCUUGGUUAUAGGAGACAAAUCUGGCUGUAUAUAUUGAUUUAAAUGUAACUUGGUGUACAAGGGCUUACUCUGGAAUAGUCAUCUUCCAAAUCAGAGACUAUGAUAUUAUUAGCACAUAAAGAGACUUCAUAAUACUUAACAUGCAUUACAUAUGUAUCAAGAAAAAUCUGAUCCUAAUCAGCAGCACCAUCAGAACUUGGAUGGCUGCCAAUAUGCGUCUAAUUAAAAAAAAUCCCACCAGAAGAAGUGAGAAAGAUGGAGAAAGACAGAGAUAAGGCAAAAAUCAGAUGGGGAUUGAGCAUGUCAGGGACAUGAAUGAGAACUGUAAAACUAACGCGUAUAAUUUCAAGAAAUAGACUUAGACUCCAAAUAUGGAAAGCCAAAGAGAAGACCUAGCAGAUGAUGAGUUUGGAUUUCGGACAUUGUCAAUCAGUUGAAAAAAAUUGCAGAACCCUCAUCAGAGGGAAUUAGUAGAUUUAGGGAUGUGAGCGUCUGGGUGUUCAGGCAAUUCUACUUCUUUCUGGACAUGAGAUUUCAUUGUGAAAUGAACGCCUGAAGAAAAUGUCAUAACUACAUUCUAGGGCACUCAGGUGACAGACUUAUUCUCUUGGAUUUUUUGAAUCUAACGGGACGAGAAGAAUGCAGCAUCUCUCUUACAUCCAAAUUAUGGAGGGAUGUUAAUAUUUCUAUCAGUAUUUUGGUUAGAUAUAGAAAUAUAAUACACAUACUAUACUUCAACUUAAUAUGACUAUGAUUAGUUAGUUGGACCAAAAAAGAUUUGUGUGUCAUACAUUUCAACAAUUUCUUUA